CAUCGCGCCUGCCCGGCCGGCGGCGGAGCUCGGUGCAGGGGAGGGGGGCGGGGGGCGGCUCGGCGGCGGGUCUGCGGGCCCCAUGGGCGGGUGUGUGGGCUCCCACCACGACUCCUCGGGCAGCCUCAACGAGAACUCGGACGGCACCGGAGUGGCUCUUGGUCGUAACCAGCCCCUGAAGAAGGAGAAACCCAAAUGGAAGAGCGAUUACCCCAUGACGGACGGGCAGCUCCGCAGUAAGAGGGAUGAAUUUUGGGACACAGCCCCGGCCUUUGAGGGCAGGAAGGAGAUUUGGGAUGCCCUCAAGGCUGCUGCCCACGCCUUUGAGAGCAACGACCACGAACUGGCACAAGCAAUCAUUGAUGGUGCAAACAUAACACUACCCCAUGGUGCUCUUACAGAGUGUUACGAUGAACUGGGCAACCGCUACCAGCUCCCCGUCUACUGCCUCGCCCCACCCAUCAACAUGAUCGAGGAGAAGGGUGACCUGGAGACUCUGGAUAUCCCCGAGCCCCCUGCCAACUCUGGGCACGAGUGCCAGCUGCGCCUGCGCCUGUCCACGGGCAAAGACCUGAAGCUGCUGGUGCGCAGCAUGGACACCGUGUACCACAUGAAGCGGCGGCUGCACGCCGUGGAGGGAGUGGAGCCGGGCAGCCAGCGCUGGUUCUUCUCUGGGAGACCCCUGGCAGACAAAAUGAAACUGGAGGAGCUGAAAAUCCCAAAGGAUUACGUGGUGCAAGUCAUCGUGAGCCAGCCCUUAGCAAAUCCCACCCCGGUGGAGAACUGACGGCCGCCCGUUCGGUGGCUCUUCUCUGCUGAGUCCUCUCUUGUGGGGUUUGGUUUCACUGCCCUCUCUUCUUUCCGGGGUUGUUCUGCUCGUGGAUGGGUUGCAAGAAAUGACCAGCAAAAAAAAGAAAAAAAAAA